CGUUGUGCUAUGGCGGAGGAGAUACUGCAGCGCUGGGAACCAGCGGCGAAAGACACGAAAUAAGACACGAAAUAUACACUCUUUGGCUCACAAUUUAAUAUUUGUAUAGGUGGAGAGUUGUGUAAACGUCAACCCUGGUGCCGAACGGCAGCCAUCGUUCAUUACGAUCCGAGGAAUGACUGGAGAAAAUAACCAGAACAGCAGAAGAAUACUCUAGCAUGUGCUGCAACUGGGAAUUUAUGGAACUGCAGUAUGAAACGCCACAGAUCUUCAAGCAGCAGUGACAGUUCUGACAAUGAGAGUCCCUCAACCUCGUUCUGCUCUUCCAGCCAGUAUGGAGGGAAAGGCGGAACCCCUGCUGUUGCACCAAAGAAACCAGCAGAGGUAUUCCGAAAAGACUUGAUCAGUGCCAUGAAGCUCCCGGACUCUCACCACAUCCCUCCAGAAGAUUACUACCUGCUAAUGGACACCUGGAAACAGGAGUGGGAGAAGGGGGUCCAAGUGCCCGCCUAUCCUGAUGGUAUCCCCCAGCCUUCUGUCAGAGUGGAACCAGAAAUGGCACAGCAGACCAGAGCAUACCACAGAGAGGCCAGGCCGCAGUGGAUUGUUGCAGAGAAACCCAAAGAGAUCCUUUUCUCCCGGCCAAGGAAGUACAUCCAGGUUUGCAGCCAGGAGCCCCAGGAACCCGGAUAUGUUAACAUCUUGGAGCUAGCCGAGGCUAUGUGCCGCUACGACCUGGACGACAUGGACCUCUACUGGCUCGAGGAGCUCAACGCAGAGCUCAGGGAUAUGGGCGAGGUCAUGAUGGAUGAGCUGACCUUGGAGCGUGCUAUGGAGGCCCUGGAGCGCCAGUGUCAUGACAACAUGAACCAUGCCAUCGAGACAGAGGAGGGCCUGGGCAUUGAGUACGAUGAGGAUGUUGUUUGUGACGUGUGCCGCUCGCCUGAUAGUGAAGAGGGCAACGAUAUGGUUUUCUGUGAUAAGUGCAACAUCUGUGUGCAUCAGGCAUGUUAUGGCAUCGUGAAAGUGCCGGAAGGUUGCUGGCUGUGCAGGACAUGCGUACUGGGGAUCAACCCGCAAUGUAUCCUGUGUCCUAAGAAGGGUGGUGCCAUGAAGGCCACGCGGGCUGGCACCAAAUGGGCCCAUGUCAGCUGUGCUCUGUGGAUACCUGAGGUGAGCAUUGCCUGUCCAGAGAGAAUGGAGCCCAUCACCAAAGUGUCUCACAUCCCCCCCAGCCGCUGGUCAUUGAUCUGCAGCCUCUGUAAGCUUAAAACUGGCGCAUGCAUCCAGUGCUCUGUGAAAAGCUGCACCAUCCCCUUCCAUGUGACCUGUGCGUUUGAACACAGCCUGGAGAUGAAGACCAUCCUGGAUGAGGGCGAUGAGGUGAAGUUCAAAUCCUAUUGCCUGAAACACAGCAAGCCCAAAGCAGGCGAGGCUGGCCACAGUCCAGCACGACACAAGCCCCCCACGGAAACUGAGAAACUUGGGCUUCGUGCCCAGAAGCUCCAGGAGCUGGAGGAGGAGUUCUACGCUAUGGUGCGACCUGAGGAGCUGGCCCAGGAUGUAGGCCUCCCCCAGCACCUCUUGGACUUUGUCUUUCAGUACUGGAAGCUCAAGCGCAAGAGCAACUUCAACAAGGUGCUGUUGCCACCUAGGGAGGAGGAGGAGAACCUUCUGGUACAGCCCAAGGAGGACAGCAUCCGCACACGCAUGCGCAUGUUCAUGUACCUGCGGCAGGAUCUGGAGAGGGUGAGGAACUUGUGCUACAUGGUGACCAGACGGGAGAAACUGAAACUGUCCCACAGCAAAGUUCAAGAACAGGUCUUCAAUCUGCAGGUGCAGCUCAUUGACCACGAGUUGUCUGCAGGUAAAUCUCUUUCUCGUCCUAUGGAUAAGACCCUCAGUUCACCUCCAAGGAUAACGCUAAAACUGAAGAUGCCCAAAGGGACACUGGGAAAUGGCAAAUCCAGCUUCAAGUCAGGUAACAAGCCCCUGUGCCCAGACAACAGUGAGAAUGUUUUUGACAAGCGCAGUGGCAGGACGGGGCGGGGCCAGAGGGCAUUCCUCAGCAAUGGUCUUCCAGCUGUUAGGGAAGGUGGGCCUGGUCCUAUGUCACUCACCAAACCAUCAGGUAAACCGCUGGCUCUUCAGGCUGCUCUUCAUGGUCAUUCAGCCAAUGGGAGCAGUAGGCUGGAGCAGGAGCAAGGCCGGUCCGCUAAAUCCAAUGGGGUCAUGAAGAAGUCUGCAGUUAAAGACUCUUGCCAGGUUUCUGGUGACCAGGACACCCCUAAUUAUAUCACUGAUGAAGGUGGCUCCCCUAAAAAUCUGGGUGGAAAGAGAGAAAGAAUGGAGGGCUCUGCCCGGGUUUCGAUGAGCCGGCAGGGACAAGCAGCUCUGAGCGAUGGAUACUGCCCUGACUUGGAGCACAGCGACUCGGAGCCCGAAGCCAAGGGCCGGAGACGGAGGGCCAGAGCCCCAGGGGGCAGCCCAGAGGAGUAUCCAACAGAGCACUACGGCGGAAAAGGUGGCAACAGGAGCAAACUGUUACUGGGGUCCAGAAUCUCUGUGCAAAGGUCCUGACCUCCAGCUCCUGUGCUGCCUGUGCACUCCUUCAACCACAGCAUUUCUCCCCUGGGCUCUGGAGUGUUUCCAAGUUGUCCUGUGCCUUCACGUGUCAUACCAAGGAAAUGCUUGUGCUGUGGGGCUUCCCAGGAGCCAUGACUCAACCACAGCGUCAUGGAAAAGAGCUGCUGAAACUGAGGUUCUGUAGAUGUUUCCCUCACUGUUUCAGUGUGACCGAAGGACACUGUGGUCUUCACCCAUGGGGGCCGUGCUAUCUUCUAACCAAGAUGAGAUUGAAAUAUUUAUGUUUUUGAUCCUUUUUGCCUCUCCCUAACUCUACACAACUGGGUUUUAGCAAUUAAAAAUGAUUUAAUUUAAGACCUUGGUGACGUUCAUGUGGCGCAGAUGUAGAGCUGCCUUUUACCACUUGUGAAUAUUUAAAUAAAGCCUACAUUUUUAUAGAUUGUAAAUAUUUACUCCUGGCAGCUGCGGAGGAGAGCCUGAACAAAAAUACUUGUUAAAUUCAUUUUUUUUUUUGUUUUUUUUUUUACUAGAAAAUAAAGACAAUAUUUUGCUGAUGAAUAGCAGGUAAUUGGUCUGGAGGCAUUAAUUAGAACCAGAAGCCAUUGUGUGCCACGCGCCAUUGCUCUCCUGCCUUGGGUUCCCUUCUCGGUGCUUUUUUUGUCCAGAUAAAGGAGGAUGUAAAAAACUGUGUGAACUAGUACUUCCACCCAAGGGUUAGGAAAGCGUGCGAAUUUGUGUUAUCUCCUUGUGAGAAUUGUUUGUAUGUUCAGUGCAGCAAAUUGUUUUGGAGAUUCUGUAGGGUUGACAGCUUCAAUGUUAGAGUUUUUCUCUUUCUCCAAUUUUUAGAAACAUCUAAACAUUACCAAAAUGUGUUUACAUGUAUGGCUCAAUGUAAUAAAUUCCAAGUUAGUCCCAAGUGAAAGCAAAAGUAUUUUGCACCCAAUAAAACAAGUACAGGGAGCAGCAGCUGAGAUAACCUUGAGCUCAUCAUCUUAUUUUAAAAAUUAAAGAUGUCAUGCUUCAGGUACCUUUAGGCUAGGGUUCUGUUGCGGAGAAUCAUGUGUUGAUGUCUGUUCAGGUGGUGGCCAUGCCAACUAUACAGACUAAGCAUAGUUGACAGUUCUUGUGUCCAACUUUAGUGCUGUAUUUUGUUUAGGUGUCAUGAUCACUGUUGAAGGUACCAUCAGGAAAACGUGGCUGCUUUGUCAUUUCACCAUUUACGUCCCUGUUACACAGAGGUAUAAGUUUCACCUGGAUUUGACCAAUGGCACUAAAACCUCUACUUGAACACUAGCAAGCCAGACUUAAAUAUUUAAGUUCUUGCAUCUGUGAUGUUGGAAUGGGAGCAUUUUUCAAACCUUCAAGCUGAAUACAGGUGCAUCACUAUUACUAAAUCUAGAGAUGCAACAGGUCAGACUGGUAUUUCCUCAAAGCUGUAAUGCCAGUCAAAAUACAAAACAGUACAAUCAAGGUUUAAAAAAAAAAAAAAAAAAAAAAAACCUUUUUCUAGACUUUCUGGAAUUCGGAACAGUUUGAUCAAUGCAAAAAAAAGAAAGCCUAAGAAACUCUGGUGUAAUUUGUUUGCAGCCCCAAAUGACCUUUCAAAAUUUCUCGAUUUUUUGUUCUACAUGUGCUGCAAAAAUGCAGGCACUCUUUGGUGGACUGCUCUACUGUAGAGCUCACAAAUGACAGAAUCAGCCUGUACUGUACUUAGAGCUGCAUCUUUGCUGAGGUGAAUGGAAAACUGGUGGUUGAUCUGGUUCAGUUCAUCCCUGCUGACAUACAAUGAAAAGUUUUUGUGAAAUUACUGAAUUUCAACAAAAUAUCAUGUUCACAUUUCACGAUUCAUGCAGUCCAGAGCAUUUUUUACAUGUUGUGCAACACUUUCUUUCGAAGGCUUGUAGUAAACAUCUCUGUGUGUUGAAUGAGCUUGGUAAAUUAUUGAAAUUAUGAAAAACACUGCUGUUAGGGAAAGUGUUUGCUUUGUUUCAGAGCAAAGCCAAAGGAAUCUUGAUUUUAUACUGUUUCCUACAUUAACAUGGUGGUACUGAAUUUGGAUAUCCAG